AUGUGUAAUGAAACGUGUUUAAAAUCAUCACUUGAUAUCGUUACCUGUAUGUGUAAUGAAACGUGUUUAAAAUCAUCACUUGAUAUCGCUACCUGUAUGUGUAAUGAAACGUGUUUAAAAUCAUCAGUUGAUAUCGUUACCUGUAUGUGUAAUGAAACGUCGUGUUUAAAAUCAUCACUUGAUAUCGUUACCUGUAUGUGUAAUGAAACGUGUUUAAAAUCAUCACUUGAUAUCGCUACCUGUAUGUGUAAUGAAACGUCGUGUUUAAAAUCAUCAGUUGAUAUCGUUACCUGUAUGUGUAAUGAAACGUGUUUAAAAUCAUCACUUGAUAUCGUUACCUGUAUGUGUAAUGAAACGUGUUUAAAAUCAUCACUUGAUAUCGUUACCUGUAUGUGUAAUGAAACGUGUUUAAAAUCAUCACUUGAUAUCGUUACCUGUAUGUGUAAUGAAACGUGUUUAAAAUCAUCACUUGAUAUCGCUACCUGUAUGUGUAAUGAAACGUGUUUAAAAUCAUCACUUGAUAUCGUUACCUGUAUGUGUAAUGAAACGUGUUUAAAAUCAUCACUUGAUAUCGCUACCUGUAUGUGUAAUGAAACGUGUUUAAAAUCAUCACUUGAUAUCGCUACCUGUAUGUGUAAUGAAACGUCGUGUUUAAAAUCAUCAGUUGAUAUCGUUACCUGUAUGUGUAAUGAAACGUGUUUAAAAUCAUCACUUGAUAUCGUUACCUGUAUGUGUAAUGAAACGUCGUGUUUAAAAUCAUCAGUUGAGAACGUUACCUGUAUGUGUAAUGAAACGUGUUUAAAAUCAUCACUUGAUAUCGUUACCUGUAUGUGUAAUGAAACGUGUUUAAAAUCAUCACUUGAUAUCGUUACCUGUAUGUGUAAUGAAACGUGUUUAAAAUCAUCAGUUGAUAUCGUUACCUGUAUGUGUAAUGAAACGUGUUUAAAAUCAUCAGUUGAUAUCGUUACCUGUAUGUGUAAUGAAACGUGUUUAAAAUCAUCAGUUGAUAUCGUUACCUGUAUGUGUAAUGAAACGUCGUGUUUAAAAUCAUCAGUUGAUAAUGUUACCUGUAUAUGUAAUAAAUAA